AUGGACCAAAUUUUCGACACUUGCUUCUCACAAACAAUAAAUACGCCCACCAUGAUGGCAUCACGACCUCUUACCCCACCUAUGACUGACGCUGUUCCUACCACAAUCAAAAUGGAGGACCUUCAGGUACCAUUUGACGUACCAUCACCAACGCCAUCUGCCUUCACUUCGGCGUCACAACCGGGCGGAACAACACCUACACCGUCCGGAAGCGAGUCCAAGGCAGUCAAGAAGCGGAAAUCAUGGGGCCAGGUGCUCCCCGAACCAAAGACUGCCCUGCCUCCACGAAAGCGAGCAAAGACCGAUGACGAAAAGGAACAACGACGCAUCGAACGAGUAAAACGUAACCGUCUCGCUGCCCACAACUCCCGCGAGCGUAAGCGUCAAGAAUACGAACUCCUCCAAGAAGAGAAGGACAAGAUGGACGCCGACCUCCAGUACUGCAAACAACAGCUGGCUCAAAUGAAGGCCGAGCUCGAAUUCUUUCGUACCAAGUAUCCUGGCGAAGCAGUAGAGUCGUCUGUCGUAUUCGACCCUACCACCUCAUUCACCACAGAGGCGCCUGACACCAUCUGCCCUGCGCAGACAUCGACGUCCUUCCCUAGCCCCGAGUCCAUGGACUCUAUGGAUUCACCCUGUGAUUCCCUCUCGCCAGAGACGCCAGUCUCCUUUGAGGCCACUCUCGACUCCGACUUGACACAAUAUCCUGCCGUGGUAUUGUGCGACCUGCAGUUCGACGAAAAACCUCAAAUGGAGAACCUCUUCGACUUCGACCAGUUCCCUGAAGCACCUGCUUCAAUGGAACCCUCUACUGGCCUUCCUGAUUCCGUCGACUUCUUCGGAUCAGCCUUCACUGGCCACAACUCAAACCCAUUCCCUUAUGGUUUUUCUGAUGGCUUUGAUGCAAAGUUCUCUGACUUGCAGAGUGCCUCUGGCGCAACUUUUGUUAGCGACGAGGCUCUCGCAGCGGACUACUAG